GCCCCAACGCACACCCACAGCCCUUUCUUUUCUCCUCCUCCGGCUUCGACCUGCUUGCAUAGCAACUAUUGCUGAACACUGUCCCAACGGCCUCUUCCUCCUCAACUUACCCCUUCACCACCCACCCAUCACAAUGGCUGACGAAGAGCAACACGAAGAGUUCGAGACCGUCGGGGCCGGUGCCUCGUUGACCUACCCUAUGCAGUGCUCUGCUCUGCGUAAGAACGGUCACGUUGUGAUCAAGGGUCGUCCUUGCAAGAUCGUCGACAUGUCCACCUCCAAGACCGGCAAGCACGGACACGCCAAGGUCAACCUGGUCGCCAUCGACAUCUUCACUGGCAAGAAGCUCGAGGAUCUCUCCCCCUCCACCCACAACAUGGACGUGCCUAACGUUGUCCGCAUCGAGUUCCCCCUCCUCGACAUCGACGACGGUUUCCUGUCCCUCAUGAAGGACGACGGUUCCACCAAGGACGACGUUAAGGUCCCUGACAACGAGCUCGGCAAGAAGCUCACGGAGGAGUUCCACGAGGGCAAGGAGCUGAUUGUUACUGUUGUUGCGGCUAUGGGUGAGGAGCACGCCUUGUCUUACAAGGAGGCCCCUAAGUCCGGUUAAGCACCAUGAAGCAAACAUACCAUAACCGCGCGAAAAACGAAACUGGGGGUCUAAAAAGCG